AUGGAACAUAAUCAAUUAUCUUUAAAUAAUCCGCAUUAUUUAGAAAUAGAUGUUUUAUUUAAAGAAAAUAUGAAUUUAUUGAAUGAAAAUAAAUCUCUUCAACAAACAUUGAAUACCACUAAAAAUCAGUUCGAAAGUAUGCAAUCUCAAUUCAUUAAUAAAUGUGCAUCAGAAUCAGUUUAUCAUAAUACGGAACUACAAAAUAUCCAAACGGAACUUACAGAAGCUCAUAAACGUAUUGAAAAUUUGCAAUGUCAAUUGUACUUAUCAAUUGAACAGAAUACACGUCUUGCAAAGACAAUGGAAGAAGAACAUACUGAUACCUUAUCUGAAUAUCAACAACAUGUAUACGAAUUAAUAAGAUUGUCGAAUGAAGCUUGUGAAUUACUUCUUAAGCAGUCUGAACAAUUUAGUAGUAAAUUAAAUCCUAUCUGGAACAUACUUGAAACUGCUGAUCAGCGGCUCGCAUUGGUCAAUACCAAUGUUGACUCAAUACUUAUGGUAACAGGUAAACGUUUUCAAACCUACACAACUUCCAUCGAACAGUUACAAAAUGAGAUGACAAUUAUAAAAGGUGAUUUAGUUACGCGCAAUGAUGUUGUAAACAAUUUAAACAUGGAAUUAGAAAAGAAACAAGAUGAGAUAAAUAACUUACAUUUAACAUUGGAUAAAUACAAUUCAUUCAAUCAAACAAUUCAUAAUUUCAUAUGUAAUGAUCAUCAUCAAUUAUGUCAAAAUUUAAUCAAACUAUGUCAGUCUAAAAUUAAUUGGAUAUUAACUGAAAUGAAUGAGUCUAAACAAAACCUGAACAACACCGACAUCGAAAAUAAUAAUAAUAAUAAUGAACAAGACCUGUACAAUGAAUAUAACCAAAUUGAAUUAGAUGCCAAAACUUUAAAUGAAUCGUUUAAUACAAUUGAACAUUUAAUGUUUCCCAAUUUCAAUAGUGAAUGCAAUAUAAACUACUUAGAAUUAAUUUGUAAUUGGUUAAAUUCAGAAUCUUAUACAACAUUUACAGAUAAUCUUUUCAAGAAUUUUCAUAAAUUAGACAUAUUGGAUACACGUUCAAAAAUAUUACACAAAGAAUGUAUAAAUAACUUUAAAAAUUCUAUUGUACAUAAUCAUCAAUCUAAUAUAGAUGAACUUCAUAUUCAAUUGGAUUUAUUAAAGAAUCAAUGUAAUGAAUUAAAUAAUCAAUUAAUUCAAUUACAAUUAAAGAAUCAAACAUUAAUAGAAGAUCAAAAGUUAACAGAUGAAAAAUACAAUUCAAUGGAAGUAUCUUUAAUCAAAGCAAAUCAAAUGAUUGAUGAAUUUAAACAAAAUGAAUUAAUUUUAAAAGAGAAUUAUACUAAUCAAUUGAAAUUAUUUGAAGAGAGUCAACAAACAAUCUUUGAUUUAAAUAAACAAUUAGAGUUGAUUACAGAAAAAUCUAAUCGUCUUUCUAAUGAGCUAACAGAAAAAGAAACUGUGCUUAAUAAUACAUUCGAAGAAUCUGAAAAAGUUGUGUCUUCACUAAAUACUAAGUGCGAUCAAUUACAAAAUGAAUUACAGAGAAUACAAUUAGAACAUGCAAAUGUAUUAGAAAACUAUAAAAUUAAACAUACAGAUGAAUUGAACGAUUUAAACAAGAAAUAUGAAAUGGAAAAAUCUCAAUAUAUUGAACAAUUAAAUAUUGAACAUCAAACUGCUUUAAAAAAUGCUGUUGAUAAUGCUAUUUUCAUUAAAGAAAAACAAAUGAAGCAACAGAAUUUAGAACUCAGAAAUCGUUUAAAACAAGUCUUACAAGAGUUAGAAACCAGUAAAAAAUCAUCCGCUACUCCAUCACGUCGUGAAAUUGAAUUACAAAAUAUACUACAUGAAACUGAAGAGAAAUUGAAACAAUUACAACUGGAGUAUGCAGAUCAAUGUAAAUCAUUUGAAGAAUUACAAAUAAAAAUUGAAGAAUUAGAAUCAAGGAAUUUGGAAAUUAAUGAUAAUUCUAAAAAGAAUCAACAAGAUUCGUGGGAUCACAAUUGUGAUUCCGUAUCAGAAAUUCACGAAAAGUAUCAAAUGCAAAUAGAAUUAUUAAAAACUGAACAAGCAAAUUAUAUUCAAGAAAUAACAAGAGAAUUUGAACAGAAGUUAUCAACUAAUGAACGUGAAGUGAUCACACGACAAAAUAUUGAAAUUGAUCAAACAUUAACAAAGUUAAAACAAAUGGAACAAAGUCAUUCCAAAAAAUUAGCAUAUUUCGAGGAAACUAUCUCAGACUAUGAUCGUCAGAAUACAAGACUUAAGAAUCGUAUUAUUGAAUUACAAUCGGAGUUAAAACGUUUAACAGAAAAUAAUAAUACCGUUGAAGCUAAAUAUGAACCCAUUAAAGUGGUCGAUACACCUGUUAAAACAUCAACCCAACCAAUUGUUUCUCGUCAUGAUGUCAAUGUACAAUGUAAUAUAAAACUCAAUGAAAACAAUUCACUUAUUAACACUACUAAUAAUAAUAAUAUUUGUAAUCAUGAGAAUGGAACCGUGUCAUCAACUGAAUUAUGUUCUGAAGUAAAUAAUAAUACUCAUCUACAGUCAAAUGAUGAGUGUGAUGAUUGGAUUGAAAGAGUACGUCAAGAAAUACUUCAGUCAGAUUCUAUUGAUUCUUUACACCCAGCAUUUCGCCAAUCUCGAUAUCCUACUUCGGUUCCUAUACGUGAUUAUGAAGCGCUUCAAUUACACAAUACAGAUCUUCAAAAUCAAUUACAACAACUUUCUGCCGAUUUUGAAGCAUUACAAUCUAAAUGUACAGCUGCAUGCAGUAGUGCCAGUAAUAAACAUUCCUUAUUUGAAUCAUUGCAUGUUCAUGCAGUGGAUAGUACAGUUAAAUUAAACAAUUCUAGUUUAUCGUUUAAUUCAAUUCCACCUGAUUAUCAACAUGUUUUGCUGACUAGCCCAAGUGAUAAUCGUUUACAUGAGUUAGUUGAAUAUGAAUAUUUGAAAAAUGUUCUCUUCGAGUAUAUGCAAGGACGUGAAACUCAAACAUUGUCAAAAGUUCUAUGCUCGCUAAUGCGUUUCAAUGCAGAUCAAACACGUAAAGUACUUUCUUAUGAAGAUCAAAAAAGCAAGACAUGGACUAUUCGCACAGUUAUGGAAUGA